GUUUCCUCCUUCCCGGACCGAACGGACCAGUUCGCCGCCGCUCUCCACACCAUCCAUGGCGACUCGCGCGAGCGGAGCCGGUAACCCUAGCGCUGGCGAGGCUCGCCGAGCGGCAGCGCAUGCGGACCGGAGUCGGAUGAGCUGCAUCCAGGCCCCCAACGCCGCGGAGCGGGUGGCGUAAUCCCGAUGGCCUUCGGGGAGGCGCGGCUCCUCGACGGAGGCCGAGGAACUACUGUGCGCGUUCGUCGGCCGGAUGCCAGUAACAAGGUAUUGGAACUGCGAAUGUUCAGUUUGGCGAAUUGCGAUUUAUCUGACGACGCAUCUGCGUAUUUCCCAUCUGUGGAACAGGAGAAAUCACCUCCUUGCCCAGCUAGAACCGGUGAAAGUUCAUGUUUUCUCUUUCAGAUUGACUAAUCGCAAAAAAAUGGGUUUUUAUGGUUCGUGGAUCAUUCGGAAAGUGAAUGAUAAAAGAUCUUCUGACCUUAAUUUUUCGCUCCAUGCUGAUUAUUGACUAAUCACCGAGAUUUGAUUAUCGUCUGGCAUAUAUACCACAACACUAGAUCAACAUAAAACAAAAGAACCCCUAAAUUGGACGGUUAAAUUUCCUUACCAAUAUGGCCUUAUGACGUAUAGAGUCCGCUAUGUUUAAUCUCAUCUCAGUUGCUUUGAGCGGUCCUAAACUCGGAGCUGCACAUAGAGGUUUGAGAACUACGUAGACACUAGAUCUUCAAGGAUGCCCUCUCUUUAUUUUAAUCCAUUCUGCGUUUGUCUCUCUAGUCUCCAUGGUAGCUGUUCUGCUACUGUUCUAACGGUGAGUUUUGAAUCCACAGCGUGCAUGGUUUUAAUUAGUUCUGAAAUCGAUAUUUUAAUUCAAGUUGAAAUGGCAUGUUUUCGACUUUCUUAUAUGGUAUGCUCGUGAAAACUUCAUUAUGGAAAGGUUAGCUUGGAAUGUGCUAGCUGGCUGGGUUCUGGAGGAAAGUAGCAAGCCAUAGGUGAUAAAUUGUAACCCUCUCUUACUGGGGACUCCAGGUGGCAAUCCAGCUAGCGUACCUGCGUGAGGGAGUGUAUCUUCGCAUGAUGUUCACUCCACCGUUGUCGCUAGUGUACCAGAUUGUAGCUUAAAGGGUAACCGAUGAAAAUUUUUAAAAAAGAUACACAAGAAAGACAAAUUAUAGUGAUCACUACGACCAUCUAUGACAGCUCAUACCAACAAUUUUGAGCCGUCCAGCCAUUUGUUAGUAUUGUUCAGGAUUUUCAAAAGGAGAUGUGUGACAAGAAAGUUGUUCACAGUGACAACUAUAAAACAAGUACUGGGUAGAGAGAUAAGGUCACCAGAACACAUUAGCAACAUGGAGAGCAAGGAAGAGAAGGCUCUGGUUGAGAUCGAUGGCUCUGAUGGCGAGUCAUUCCUCUGUGGUAUAUGCAUGGAAUACAAACCGAUGCAUAGUCGAUCUUACUGCCAAGGUUGCCCCCACUAUUUCUGCUUUAACUGCAUUUUGGAUCAUAUUAGUUAUCGUGUACUGGGGGGUGGUAUCCCUGUUCGCUGCCCUGAGCCAGGGUGUACUAUUGGCGAGCUUACCUAUGGGUUCUGGUACAAGCAUGUCAUGGAAGAUGUACACAAUGCUUGGACAUCUGCAGUGUUAAGGGAUGUUUCAAUAUUAAGGUGUGGAAGUUGUGGGCAAUUUUCGGAAGGUAUGACUAAAGAGGGGAUGGAGGAUGUUGAGGAUGACCGCCUCGAUGCACUGCAGAGGCUGGCUAUUGCAAGAGGCUGGAGGCCAUGCCCUGACUGUAGCAUAUUCAUUGAGUGGACUGGAGGAUGCAGCAUCAUAACUUGUUGGUGCGGGUGUGAAUUCUGCUUUUCUUGCGCAGAAAUGUUUCCACCGAGGGGAAACAUUAUUCUCAAGGAAAAUGAACAGAUGGGGAAAGAUGACAAACUGAUUCAAGAAUCUACGAGAAACAAUGAAGAGGAUCUGAAUUAUUAUCUGACUACACUUGAAGCAAUGAGAAGGCAACAAUUCAGUUUCAAAGCCAAAUUUGAUGCUCUGCACAAUGUUGGUAGGACCAAGGAGAGUACUCCAGCAGGUGACAAUGCUGCAACAUCUUCGCAAGGCCCAGAUGCUAGAAGCAAGGGUGCAUGAUGGAGCAACGGCAACCUUCAACAAAGUUGCCUCAUAUCGGAGAUUUGAGUAUCGAUGUUCUUUUAUGAACUUCUGAGUGGUAUGUCGAUUGUCGUGGAUGUUGUUUUACCAUUAUAUGUUUGGGUUUGCAGUUUGCAAUGAAAUAAUGGGAUUAAAUGCAACAAAGUUUUUGUGGCGCCCGUGCCAAUUAUCCCUUCUGAUGAUGCAUCCAGUAAGCUUACUACAAUCUUUUAUCAACUGAAACACCGUCGUAUCUUUGGCACAUCAAUUUUCCUGUAGAGUCUUCUUGGUGGAGGCUAGCCUUGUGAAAAGUUAUAUCAAUCCAUUGAUCUU